CUGUCAGGCUCUGUGGUCCACCACCAACAGCCGAAGAGAAGCGACAGAUCGGCGGCACAGGGAGUUACAUGUCUGCAUUUUCAGCACGACGUCCGCCAGUUUGUUGUCUUUGAGGACGACUGGUGGAGACUGAGGCUGCGCAUUAAAGCCAGUGAGGAUUUCCAGUUAAAACCGGGUCACCGGGCUAACUUUUUAGUGCUGUAAAUGCGAUUCAGCCGUCGAGCCAUUUUUGAACUCCAUCGAUCGCGGAUAGUUCUUGUGAAAACACACUCACCGGAAGUGUUGCUGGGAUUAAAAAAAAACAAAACUUGAAGACUCGCACGAUACGUUUCUACGAAGAAAUAUCUUCUCACGGCGGGGCAUUUUUUACUCCGUAACUUUUCCCCCCUCUGAAAAGCGGUGCAAACUGUUCCAGUGACGUACUUAGCGUAAGCUAAUUCCAGCCAGCUAGCUAGGUGCAGCAGUUAGCAUCUUAGCAGUUUGCUCCUGCGGGUGCUUGAGGUAACUUUUGAUGACAAUGUCUUUCGUGCGUUUUACAACAGGUGGACCAUUUGCAAACACAAGGAAUCAUCAGGAACUGUCGUAAAUUUAGAAACUCGGAUCGUUUCAGUCUGCCGUUUGCUGCUACAGGAAAUGCCAUGAGUUGUUAGGCUUUUUAGUUCGUGUUUUAAGGAUAUUUUCCCAUCAUGAUGCAGCAGUGUAACCCCGAAUGACAUGUCGGCUAAUACGAAUUAACACUACAGCUGGAUAAGCUUCAAGCCGUGCCGUUCGAUUUUCCCACUUUUUUGCCGAGGUGAAGAGGAAACCUUGCAGUCUGCCCAGAGGAAUAAUACCAUUGCUUGUGUGAAGUCCGCCCGUCAGUUCAUGCGUCAAAAUGUCGGCCAUCUCUGCAUCCGAGAAAGUGGACGGGUUCACGCGAAAGUCCAUGAGGAAGGCCCAGAGACAGAGGAGAUCCCAAGGCUCUUCUCAGUACCGCACCCACAGCGUUCCGGUGGAGCUUUCACCGCUGCCACAGCUCAAAGAUGCCCCCUCCACAGAGCAGCAGGAACUGUUCUCCCAGAAACUCCAGCAGUGUUGUGUCCUCUUUGACUUCUUCGACUCUGUGACGGACCUGAAGAGCAAGGAGAUAAAGAGGGCGACGCUCAACGAGCUUGUGGACUAUGUUUCUACCAACAGAGGGGUGCUGGUGGAGACCACAUACCCAGAGAUCACUAAUAUGAUCUGCACCAACAUUUUUCGGACCCUUCCGCCAAGUGAAAACCCAGAUUUUGACCCAGAGGAGGAUGAACCCACUCUAGAAGCUGCGUGGCCUCACAUCCAACUGGUCUACGAGUUUCUCCUGCGUUUUCUAGAAAAUCCAGACUUUCAGCCCAGCAUUGCGAAGCGAUACAUUGAUCAGAAAUUUGUCCUGCAGCUCCUGGAGCUGUUUGACAGUGAGGACCCGAGGGAGCGGGACUUCCUGAAGACCAUCCUGCAUCGGAUUUACGGAAAGUUCCUGGGCUUACGAGCCUUCAUCAGAAAGCAGAUCAACAAUAUUUUCUUGCGGUUUAUCUACGAAACCGACCACUUCAACGGAGUCGCUGAGCUGCUUGAAAUCCUGGGCAGUAUCAUCAAUGGUUUUGCGUUACCUCUGAAAGCAGAGCACAAGCAGUUCCUGAUGAAAGUGCUGAUCCCUUUACACACGGCUAAAGGACUGGCCCUCUUCCAUGCUCAGCUGGCCUACUGUGUGGUGCAGUUCCUGGAGAAGGAUCCUACGCUGACUGAGCCGGUGAUCCGUGGGCUGCUGAAGUUUUGGCCUAAAACCUGCAGCCAGAAAGAGGUUAUGUUUCUGGGUGAAAUUGAGGAGAUUCUUGAUGUCAUUGAGCCAACUCAGUUCAGCAAAAUCCAGGAGCCGUUGUUCAAACAGAUCUCUAGAUGCGUGGUCAAUCCGCACUUUCAGGUAGCAGAGCGAGCACUGUACUUCUGGAAUAAUGAAUACAUCCUCAGCCUCAUCGAGGAGAACAUUGACAAAGUCCUUCCCAUCAUGUUCGGUAACCUGUACAGAAUCUCCAAAGAGCACUGGAAUCAGACAAUCGUAGCUCUCGUCUACAAUGUGCUGAAGACGCUGAUGGAGAUGAACUGCACUUUGUUUGAUGAGCUGACGUCCUCGUAUAAAGCGGACAGGCAACGGGAGAAGAAAAAGGAACAGGAGAGGGACGAUCUGUGGAAGAAGCUUGACGAGCUCAGGCUCAGCAAAGCCACUCUGAUCCAGAACAACAGCCACGGGCUCUCAAGUGUCCAGAAUAACAACAACAACAAUAACAACAACAGCAGCAGCAGUAGUAGUAGUAAUAAUGACAACCAGAACAAGAGUGUUGAUACUGCUGCCCACGGCGUCACCACAGACAACAAGGAGCCUGAUGUGAGCGUAUCAGCCAGUGAGAGCAAUCCAUGUGCCAAAUGACACCGGACCUCAGCUCUGUCUUCUGUAACGGUUUGACACCAUGUUCAGGACCGCCAGGAGAGGAUUGAUGGAGACAGGAAAAAAAACAAAUUACACCUCAGCAGUAUGUAUUACAUCUUCUUAGAACGCCAGCAUUUCUUUGGCAGAAAAGAAAUAUAUAUAUAUAUAUAUUUCAACCUAAGACUAUUUUUGGAUGUUACAGUGUGGCUAUAGUAUAUUGUUUAUCUGUCUGAUCAAAGAUUUAUCCUUUCACAUUUAGUUUCUUAACUGAUUUGUUAUAUUCGUUGUAUGAUAUUCGGGGGACGGGGAGAAAAUAAUGAUGACUUGAAUUAAAUGUUUCCAAUCGUGCUGCACUUAGACGAGCUGUAUAGCUAUUUAAAGUCUAUUUUUAAUGUGCUCUCCCCACUAGCUGUCAACUGGGUGUAAAUACCUUUAAGAAGAAGAGAACUUGCAGACUUUGGGAGUAUGUGGGGGCAAAAAAAAAUGGGACCAGACCCAUAGUUAUUAGACAUUUAGUGGUCAUUAAUGUAUAGAAAAGGGCUGUUCGGAGCAGAAGAAGCUAGACGACAGAUCUCUGGUGUCCUUGAUGAACGAGACGUUCACGGCCAAAAAACGUCACCUAAUAAAGGAAAAAUAAUCACAGAGAUGAAUGAAUGGUUAGCGGAGAAUGUGCAGUGGAAUGGUUCAAAUUUAUUAAUGGGUAAAUGUCACAUUUUUGAGAUUAUUCGUUGUGUUUCAGGUGUUGGUAAAUAUUUUUUGUCUGGGGGAAAAACAGGAAGCUUUUUGUUGUGAACACAACACCUCAGUUAAUGAGAUUAUUUACACUAAAGUAUUGAGAGGGAUUCCUAAGGAUGCUAUCUUUUUGUUCUUUUUUUUUUGUUUUUGUUUUUUUUUAGCUUGAUAUGAAUUAAAGCUGCUGUCAUUGACGUCGUCGUUUGGCUAACUUCCUGUCCUUUUGCUGCCAUUGGCAUUCUUCUUUUUCCUCGACCCAAUGACCGUGUUUGAUGGGAGCCUUUAUUCACGGACGAACAGCCAGACGUCAUGAGCAGAGAGGUCUGGCUGUUUGUCAAUACCGCUUUCGGAAAACAAUUUUUUAUCAAAAGUAUUGAUUGACGGCAGUUUUAAAGAAGUAUGACACUGCAGCCUACAUUCACUUAGCUUAGCAUAGCACGAAGACGGGCAACUGCUAGCUUAGCUCAACUGCUUAUCCUCACAAAGAAAUACUCUGGGUUUUGACCCCUUAUAAAAAAAAUAUAAAAAAAUUAACUGUAGUGUUUACUUAAUGGAUUAUGUACAGAAUAAACAAACACAUGUCAUUUUUCCUCCAGUUUUUUUUUCUCCAGUCCGCAUGCUAUGCUAAGCUAACCCAGAGCCUGCAGUAGUUGGCUAGUACUUCAUAUUCUCACCUAUCUAAGCAAAUAUUUUGCCAAACAAUUGAAUGAUUUGGUUGUUUCUAAAAACAAAAACAUGCACCGGAGACCCACAGCACUAUAUUUUUCUAGGUUAUUGAUAAAGCAAAUGUGUUUUUGCAGAUGGAAAAUGAUGCAUAAAUGUGCUUCAGUGUGUAUGUGAUCACUCCCGUCUAUGUAUGUUUGUAGGCUACCCAAAGGGAAACGCCACUCAGUUUGAUAUUUUUAUGGACCGUGUAGUAUUUCCGUGAUCUAGGAAAGUGCAGUCCGUGCUAUAGAAACACCAUUGUUUGACUCUUAAAGCGUGAAAGCGAAAGAUAACCUUUCAUACACUCUGAUUUCGAUGACCACGCCUGAAUUUGUGCAUUUGUAAAAUCAUAACUUUAUCUUCUAUUGAAAAAGUGAUAAGCACCAGAAAAUCCCAUUGAAUUGAAUUCACAGAUAAUGUCUGUCUUUUCACUCUCCUCCACUCCAGACUCCAAUCACUUUUGAUUUUUAUUUCAACUGACUACAAAUGAUCAUAGGACCGACUUGUGUUUUCUUUUUCGAUUGAGCGGUGAUCCCCCACGUGUCUAGUCUUUUGUUCAUAUUUUAGUUCAUAUUUUAGCUCCCUCUGAUGCCUCUGUGUCUGUACAGCAUUCCAGCCUCUGUGACUUUAAGAAAAAGAAAAAAAAAAACAUGUGGAGUCUUCUAAUCACUUAUUUAGGUUUCACCAUUUAAUAAAGUCUAUUUUAUCUUUGUAUUCAAAA